CUCUGUGCAGAGCACUUCUCAUAAUGUUUGGUUUUCCUGAUGGAAUGUCCACAUCACUGGGAUCGCCGAGAAAGGGAGAGGUGAAAGAGCAGAGACGAUUUAUUCUCUGAGGACUUUAACGGCAGAAGCCAAAAGUACAGCACAGACUUCAGCUCCUGAUUGCAGACAAGAGAAUACCAAAAGAGGAGAAGAAUGAAAGGUGACGAUCAGCUUUAAAAAGAGAGGAGCUGGCCAAGCUGCAGACUGUUGCAUGACUGGUUGUGAAGGAGCAGCAAACCGGUGGAGGAACAGAGUCAAUGUGUCCAAGAGCUGACUACCAUAACUGACCACAUAAAACCAAGAGCACAGAGUUUUUAAGUUCAGGGGAAAUGAGGUGAAGAUUGAAUUCCUGCAUCCAGUGGUCCAACUUUCCAUCUUUCACCAAGCUCCCAAAGACCAUGACUGCAAAAAUAGCUGAUGAGGACACUCAGAAUCAGCAGCUCCGGCAACAGAUUGUGGUCCUUGGCCACAAGAUCAACCAGUUGGCAAGUACGAGAGCUGUCCUGAGCAAGGCAGGAGAGGAAAUCUGGGAGAUGAAGGGCAGGCUGAGGUCUACACAGGACAGAGGAGAUAGAGGGAAAGGGACACCAAGUGCACACACAGAGGUGGACGUAUUGAGAAGAAGUGCGAUGGAGAUGGAAGGGAAGGAUGAGGAGUUGAUAAAAAUGGCAGAUCAGUGCAGGGACCUGGACCGCAGAUUAGCAGAGGAAAGAAACCAGUGCCGCAGCCUAAAGAUUGAGCUGGAGAUAAACAGUAGAAUUAAUGAACUGGACAGAAUAGAGGAAGCUUUAGGCAAGAGCAAACAGGACUGUGGGGCACUGAAGGCUAGCUUGGAGCAAGAGAAAGAUUUUAGCAUGAUGUUGUCUAAUGAGCUUGAGACUCUGAAGGUGAGGGUGAGAGAGCUAGAGACCGCUGAAAGCCAAAUGGACAACAGUGAGUCUGUGAUUAGACACGACCUGGCAAAGCUCCGGACACUGACCGUAGCUUUAGUGGAGGACAAAAAGGCCAUUGCCGAGAGGCUCCGACAAGCUGAGGAAAAACUCAGCAACGCGGAAGAGAAGAGAAAUGAACAAAGUAGCUCAGCAGCCACGAGAGAAAAACUAAGAGAUGAGAAGCAGCAGACUUUAAGGUCUAAGGUAGAUUUAGAGGAAAGGAUUAAGGAUAUAGUGAAGGAAAAGAACGACCUCCAAGGAAGACUGAAAACAGAAGAGGAGAAAAACAUACAUCUACAGAAUAAAAUAAUAAUAAUGAAGAAGAGGUUACAGGUCCUGGAACAGAGGAGGGAAAAAGAGGAGAAAAGGGAAAAUGAUAAACACAUCCAUAGCUCUGUUCCAAACAACACAAACCACUACUGUCAAACAGAGAACAACAAAGUCAAAGAACUGAGCCAGGAAGUAGACAGGCUGCACAGAAGACUCCAGGACAAAGAAGCAUUGGAGAGAGAACUUUUGAAAGUAGAUGAGAACUUUGAGUCUCUGGAAAGGAGGUUUCAGGAUGAACAGAAGAGGACCUGGGCUUUAACAGAAGAGCUUGAGGUCGCAAAGAAGGAAAUUUCCAGGUAUCAUCAGGUGGAGAAGCAGGAAGUCAACCAGGAGCACCUUCUUCUUUGCCGUCUCCAGCGAGAGCAAGUUAAAUCCAGACUGUUGGGAAAGGAAGUCGAGACCCUCAAGAAGAAAGUUCAGAAUCUGACGGGGACAGAGGAGUCGAUCUGCAGGGUUCAGAUGGCUCACUCCACACUACAGAAGAAUCUGUCCCAGCAGGAAAUCAGGAACAGAGAGCUUGCUAAUGAAAUUGAGGAGUUGACUACUGAGCUGGAUCGGCACAGAAAAAUUAACAGUCUGGGAACGUCAGUGAAUGGAGGACUCUUUUCAAACCCUAAGACCACAAGAGAGGUCCAAACUGAUCCAGUGAACAGCUCCCCUCCUGAGUACAGCAACCAAGUGCCUAUCGUGGAAAACAAAGAUGAUGGACCAAAUCUCAACAGAAAGAGCUCAACUCCAGUCAACGAAACGGACACACAUCAAACGGUUAACAGAGAGGUGAUGAUGUUGACACAUACACCAGGACAGCCACUGCACAUCAAAGUGAUGCCGCACCACAUACUCAACACAGCCACUCUAGAGAUCAGCAGUCCCACUGCAGACACGGCCACAUCCUACACCAGCACAGCCGUCAUCCCGACGAGCGGAGCUGCAACUAAACAAAGAAUUACCAUAAUCCAGAACGCCGCCCUAUCUGCACUCGAGACAAAGAGCAUCAGUUCCAGCCCGAACCGUGCCACCUCGCCUGUCACUCGGCUGUUUAGCCCCACUACAACAGGCUCUGCAACACCUGACCACAACUCCCCCAUCCAAAUCGUAACAGUCAGGACCUGCUCUCCAGAGCCAACGGAGGUUUUAAAUCAGGCCAUCUACUGCAAGACACCGGAAAGGCAAAACGCAUGGCAGCAUCAGGAGACCAACAGCACCAACACAAACUCCAGGUUCAUCACCACAGAGGACAAUAAGAUCCACAUUCACCUGGGGAGCUCCUAUGUCCAGUCUAUAAAUGGCACAAUGCACGGCGUCCCACAGCCUGUUGGGCCGUGCUAUGUACGUCAAGAACAAAAAACUCAAGUAGUCGCCAAUGGCUGCCACAUCAAAGGUGUUGGUAAAAUCACCAGUAGCAUCACUAUAACCCCUGCUAACUCUCCAGGUCCACAUCCUUCAAAUAUUACAGUAAGCGGCCUUUGUGAUUAGGUGAUCAAUAAUGUCAAACUUGUUGCCAAUCCGACCUAUUUUUUUUUAUUCUAAAUAGAAUUCCACUGUGAACUCUCAGUUUGCAGCACUUAGGUAAAGAUAUUACCAACUGGUAUUUUGUAGUAUUUGUCCUGCAACAGCCUUUGUACAGUCAUUAUUUUCAACUGCAUGACAUGUAUCAAAUAUCUGUAUGUGAGAUAUGUCAACACAAAAGUGAUAUUUGCUCCAGAUUUUUUCUGCCCUUUAUUCAGAUUUAUUUUCUUUAUUUAAAAAAUGCUGCGUUUUCUUUUGUUCAUCUCAAACACUGAGCUGUUUUGGCUGAAGAAUGUGGUAACAGCCAGCCAGUUUAAAUGUAAAACAGCCGUGGGACCAGCGAAAAGAAUCAUUAAAGUGAUAGCAUCUUUGAAUAUGGAACAGUCUGCAGAAUUGAAACGUGUCUGUAAAAAAGUUUUCACCUUCACAUUUUGAUUUGUAAGGUCCAUAAUAUUUAAACUUUGAUAAUGUGUGUGUUAUUUUAGAUGUCUAUUGUAGCAAUGAACGCUGAACACAAACGAUAAUAA